AUGUCCGCUGCUGCUGCCAACACCAAACCCGUUUCCGACAUCAAGAAACCUAUUCCUUUACCUUUUGUAUAUACCUUUGCUUCAGGUGCUAUAGCAGGAUGUACCGAACUUCUUUUACUUUACCCUCUCGAUGUAGUCAAAACCCGACAACAGCUUGAUACUGCUAAGAAUGGUACCGGAAUGGUACAAACCUUCAAAAACAUCAUCGCUCAAGAAGGACCUGGUCGAUUGUACAGAGGAAUCUUACCUCCUCUUUUCAUGGAAGCUCCCAAACGUGCUGUCAAGUUCGCUGGUAAUGGUUCAUGGGGAGCUUUAUUCACCAACAACGGCCAAAGAAAGAAUACACAAUCAUUAGCAAUCUUGACAGGUUGUUUCGCAGGAGCAACUGAAUCUUUCGUCGUAACUCCUUUCGAAUUGGUUAAAAUUAGGUUACAAGAUAAGAACUCUAGUUUCAAGGGACCUUUGGAUGUGGUUAAGCACUCUUUCAGAACCAGUGGACCUCUGGGUCUUUACCAAGGUAUGGAGGCUACUUUCUGGCGACAUUGGUGGUGGAACGGUGGUUAUUUCGGUGCCAUCUUUGGUGUCAAGGCACAAUUGCCUAAAGCUACUGACAAGAAAGGAGAACUUUUGAAUAACUUGAUCGCUGGUACCAUUGGUGGCUUCUGUGGUACUGCCUUGAACACUCCAUUUGAUGUCGUCAAAUCUCGAAUUCAAUUACACGGCACUGGAGAAUGGACAUAUCCCGCACUUAUUAAAGUAGCCAGAAACGAAGGUAUGGGAGCAUUGUACAAGGGUUUCGCACCCAAAGUGUUACGUCUUGCUCCAGGAGGAGGUGUUUUGUUGUUGGUCGUCGAGGCUCUCUCUACUGUCUUCAGAGGUUAUCUUGGUCCUCCUUAUCUUUAG